AUGUGCACUAUUUCACAAUUAAAUUCCUCGAAAAUCUUGCUGGAAACGUACGAGGAAAGGGUAACGAAGCUUGAGGAACAGCUUUCGAGUAGUAAAGAGGAAAGCGAAGAUAUGAAAUCAAAGGUUCAAAAUAAGCAACAGCAUGUUUCCUCUGUUGAAACAGAGUUACAAUCUACAAAGGUUGAGCAAGAGUCGUCGAAUAAAGACAUAAAAGAGCUCGAGUGUCAACUUUCUGGUUGUAGGAAGGAAAAUCAGGAUAUUGUCACAAAAUUACAUGAGGUACAAACUGAACUUUCAGCUGUAAAUAUCGAGUUACAAUCAUGUAAGAGCAAAUUGGAGUCUUCCAACAAGAAGAUCAUAGAACUCGAGGAAGAACUUUCGACUUGUAAAAAGGAAAGUGAAGCCAAGGAAGCUGAACUAUUAGUGGUACAAAAUCAAUAUUCAGUGAUCAAGAAUGAGUUGCAGCAGUCCGUUCAGAUUUUGUUCGAGUUUACAAAGGAGGCCGAGGAAAGGAAGGAAGAUUCUGUUGGUAGAUGUUAUGUAAAUAAAGCAAUUGAUAUUGAUGAAUAA